CACAAAUACCCACAGAGCCAUAUUGGGAGUGUGCUUGAUAAAACCUGUGUGUGAAAAAGCCCUUGUUGAUUUACUGAUGCUCAGCGAUAAGUGGAAACUGUGAGUAGAAGUCACAAACGAUUCAAGCUAAACCACGAAAGCACCUGGUACUUCACAGUCCAUGCAUCUUGACGCCAUGCAUUCAUUCUGCCUCAGGAAACUGGCCCUGCUAUUGAGCUUUACAGGUUUGGCCCAUUGCGUAACAGUGACAAUACCAAAUCCCACAAUCAACGUGACUGCAGGAAAUAGUGUCACUCUAAACUGUGCAUAUAGCCUUAGCACUCUAUCCACCAACACACACAAUUUGCUAAUACAAUGGAAUAUGUUUGAAGCUCAUUCACAACAGCCAAUCCCUCAUUCCCCGUGCGCCAGUUUGAAGAAUGGUUCAUUGAAUCAGUGUAUAAAGAUGUCAAUUUUCAGAGAUGCACGGGGAAAGUGUAGCUGGAGAUCGCAGGUGUACUAUUUUCAGAACGGACAAUCCUUCCCAGUGGGAAGAUUUAAGGACAGAGUGACAGCUUACAAUAAUACUGGAAAUGCUUCCAUAACUAUUUCAAACAUGCAACCACAAGAAACUGGAUUCUACACCUGCGAAGUGACCAAUCUUCCAGACCCCGUCGGAAUGGGGCAUAUACAAGUGAUUAUAAUGGUUGCGCCAUCUACCCCACAUUGCGCUAUAGAAGGGCAUAUAGUAAUAGGACACAGUGUAACACUGUCAUGCCUUUCUAAGCAAGGGAUGCCCCGACCAGUCUAUACUUGGCACAGAGUAAAGAACGACGUUCUGUUUCCGGUAAAUUCUGAGCAGAGUGACGGACUGUUAGUUCUCGGCAACAUGACUAAAUUUGAAGAUGGAUACUACCGAUGCACAGCAAGCAACAGCUUGGGCAAUGCAACCUGUGAAAUGGAUCUCCACACAGGGGGUGAAGGUGGAAUUAUCGUAGCAGCGGUUAUUGGGGCAGUGUUCUUGUCAACAAUCAUUUUUGUUGUUAUCUGGUUCCUUGUAGCAAAGAAGAAGAACAAAGCCAAGAAACCAGUCACUGAAAUGAAAACAAUGUCAACAUCUGCAGGCCCUACCACCGCCCAGUCUGAGGCAGAGGAGCAAGCCAGACAGAAUCUUGUGGUCACUGAGAACCCUGAAGUCAAAGAAUAUAGCGAUCAACCUGAAUAUGCAAUUGCCGGUGAAGCGGAAAAUCCUGCCGUGUAAAAUGCAGCUUCUGCGCAUAGGCAUAGUCUUCAUAAUGAAUAAAAAAAUAUGCUUAUAGCAAACCAGAUGGCCAUACACAGGGUAUGUGUAAAUGCCACUUGCAGCAUAAGUCAUUUUUUAUUGUUUUUUUUAUAUUUAGUAUUUUUAGCAUAUUGUUUUGUUUUUAAUGGUGAUGAAAUAGUAGGGACUAUGGUGAAUUUCAAACUUGAAUGUAUUACACAUGCAUGUCACAAUGGUAAUUGAUGCUUCACCCGAUGCCUGUUGGGAAAGCACUAUGGUACAAAAGAACUUCAGAAAGGUUAUUAGCCUGCAGUCUUCUAAGUAUUCUGUAAGUAUUUAUAUAGUAAGAAAUUCUAGUCUUAUCUGGCUGGUCCGUAUACAAAGUGUUGUAACCCAAAGAAUCAGCAUUCACAUGUCACAACUUUGCACUAAAUGAGGCCGUUAAAAUCUGAUUGGAUGCUUUCAGUUACUGUCCUGUGCAAAGUCAUAAUAAAUAACCCUGUACAUUUCUAAUUCUCAUUUUAGGGUGCACAUUUGUGUACCCUAGAAUUGCCAGAAGUGAAGCUUUGCAUUUGCUGCGAGUAGUUGGCGUAGCAUUACGAAGUGAAUUGUUGUGCCAAACAUACCCAGGAUAUUUUACACAGGUUACACCAUAGUGAAGCAUAAAUACUGCGACUACUAGUUGUUGCUGAAUGUGUAGAAAGAAAAAGUAGUUAGACGUUGGGGGUUAUUUAAGUGUAGUGCAAUCAUCCACUUUGC